AUGUUGUAUGUGAAACUACUUGAAAAGUAUCUAAAUAAUGUCAACAGGCAUCUUCUCACCUGUACUAGGUCGUUUUCUAAGCCCAGACAUAGGAAGAAGCUCUCAAUAUAUCCAAACAAAUCGGACAUACGAGGAGAUGUACGUAAAGCACCUGCAAAACUCUUAAAGGGGAACCUGUUUACCCCUGAAUCUGCAGGGUCCAGGGAACUAUCCAUGUUAUGUUACUGGAUUGUGAACUAUGGCUACGCAGACUCAAGUAUACUAACAAGAUAUGUAGAAUGUGCAAUCAACUCUGUUGAUAAACUUAAUAUAAAGAAUUUGGCUCUUAUACUCCACUCUGUGUCGAAGUAUGUCUAUACGUAUCCUACGAUACAGAUGAAUAUACGGAAUAAACCGUCCAUAGACAAUGUAUCUGAGCAUAAGGGUGGGAAUCUUGUCAACCAUGAUAGUGGAAGUAUAGAGAAAUUUGUUGAUGCAUCUGGAUCCGAUAUGGAUACGGUAAUACAAGGUAUCCAUUCCGACGCAGAUAUGAAUAAAUAUUCAAAAAAGGCCACAAAAACGUCAGAUGAAUUGAGCGACUAUAAUCGUUUGAUACUAAAAAGCAUGGAAUUUAUAGAAAAAAUGUGUAGAUCUCUACCCCGUUUGCUACCAAGAGGAUCCCCAAAGGAUUUGGGUAUGAUCGCGUUGUCUGUAAGCAAUUUGUAUGAUGUUUAUUUGAGAGAUGUCGAUGAUUCUAUAAAAGUUAUUAAGAGUGAUGGUACCUCAGAAUCCUUAACAGAUGAUAAAAAUAUAAAAUAUGCUUCCGCAAAUCUUGAAGGAAAGGGCAAUCACGCCAAAGAUGAGCCACCCUAUGCCAAACAAUUAUGGAAAAUUGUUAAAAACAUUCUAAGAGGCUUAAGCGAAGAGAUACUUCCUAAACUUUCCUUUUGCGAAGUGGAAGAAUUGGCUGCACUGGCAAAAGCAUUCACAAAAUACCCAGAACUAGAUUUUUGCUCAUACUUCAUGAAGGAACUUGCACUGGAAACUUCCACUGUAUUGCUCGAAAAAUGUGAACAGAUGAACGACCUUCUACGGAAUGUAUAUAUAGGGGACGAUUUAGUGAAAAAUCUCCACAAACUACCAAGGGAACUCACAACUAUCGUUUGUUCUAUGAAGAAGCUCAAUAUCAAGGAAAAAAUAUUUUAUGAACGUGCAUUGAAUACGGUAAAUUUUCUAAUUAUGCUGAAGAAGAUGGAUAAAACAAUUACAGGUAGUAAGCCACGAUAUGGUAAUACGGAUGGAUACUCAAUAACUGAUGGCAUGGAUAAGUAUCUACCUAACUCAUCUGAGCAUUUUGGAUAUAGAGAAUCAAUAGAGUCCCUAAGAAACACGCUAGAUGCAAAAACACUUGCAUUGCUUUCAACUGCUUUAGUGAGCUAUGGUAGUGUUACAAGUAUACUAGAACAUAUCUGUGAAACAGCCAAUGAUUCUGACUUACAACCUCUUGCAACAUCAUUUGCAAUUGCUGCUAAUUCUCUAGAAAUCGACCUUGCGAAAGAGCUUUUGAGCAAAAUUGAUGCAUCAGAUAUAUCUCAAAUAAACCCGGAAGCACUGCCAAAAUUUAUACGGGGGCUGCAUAAAAUUCCAUCGUUGGAUGAUAAUUACAUAGAAAAUAUUAAGAAGUUAAUUGUAGAAGGCUGCAAUACAGAUGUUAUGACAUCUGUAUAUAUUCACAGUGAUAAAUUUAGAAUGGGAAAAACUGAAAUCGUACAACUGGCUACAAAAAUAUCUAGCGAAGUGGAAAAUAUGUCCUUGUACACAGUGAUUCAUCUUUUUUAUAAGAUUACAAACGUACUAUCCGAUUCAGAUUCUUAUGAGGAUAAUCUUCUUUUUAAAAUAAAUUCUGAUACAACAAAUCUCUCACAAAAUGAAGUUAAUGGUGACCUACGAUAUAUUUAUACAUCGUCGGUGCUCAUUCUUAAAGGUCCCGUACUAAGCACUCUCAACAAAAGGUAUAUGGAAGUUCCUGUCGAGCACAUGAUUCCAGUAUUAAAAUACACAAUUGGGUAUCAUGGGGAUGCUUAUACUCUUAUUUUAAACUUAUGUAAAAGGCUGUCAAAAGAGGUGCACUUAUUUCCGAGCACGGACAUUUUGGAUAUCUACCAUGAACUAAAGAAUAAGGGGUUCAAUUCCAAAAGGGCGUUCAAAGGUAUUGCCAAAAAUUUUCGAUUAGAAUGCAAAGAUUCUACCGCAAACAAAUAUCGAUCUCUCGACAAAGACCAAAAUGAUAACUUGGAAGUUACGAAUGUCAAGGCACCUUCAGAUAUAUCCAUUGAUGCCGUAGUUGAAAACCCUACCGAAGUUCAUUCUAUCUCUAAACAUGCUGUUCCUAUUAGUUCAACUCUACACUCUGGAAAUGAUUCAGAUGUUAAAAUAAUCGCAGAUGCUAUGAAAAACGUGAAAGAUGUAAAACCGCUUAAUCUUGAAUAUUUUAGAAUCGAUGAAAGUGAAUAUGAACCCACAGGAAUGCAAUUCGAAUUCAGAACUUUUCAUGAGGAUUCUGCAGAACAAGACGAACCAAAGAAAAAGGCUCUGUGGCCAAAGGGUGUAAACUCAGAAGAUUUGCAGUUAGAAUGGAAAUCUCAUAGAUUGGUAAAGUGA